AACAGCUACUGGAGGAAGAGGAAGUAUAGGCCUAUGUGACAAUACUUCCUUAUUUAGGUUUAGUCAUUUAUCAAAGCAUGGCGACCUUGUGUUUCCCCAUCGCUAUUCUACUAACUCUUCUCCAUCAAGCAGAGCCCAGUGCUGAGACCUCUGUGUUUGUGCUGAAGGGACAGAAUGUUCACCUGAAUGUCCAGACAAAUGUUACACUGAAAGAAGAUGUUGAUGUGAUAUUUUGGAAGUUUAACACAUUAGACAAUGUUGUAAAGUACCCCCCAAACGUUACCUUUGAAAGGUACCGAGGUAGGGCUGAAUUGAUGGUGGGAAACUUCUCUCUGCUACUGAAGAACCUCCAGGAAGGAGACAGUGGACUUUAUGAAGCAGUAGUGACUGGUAACAAUGACAGAAACGUAGCUGCAUACUUGAUAAAAGUCCAAGAGAGAGUUGAGCCUCCAGUCCUGACAGUGAACUCUGUCUCCUCCAUCAAUGGCACCUGUAACAUGACUGUGACCUGCAGAGGUCAGAACAUCUCUGUCACCUCCAGCUGUAACAGCAGCACCUGCUCUCAGGUGGGAGGAGAGAGUAGAGGGGCUGAGACCUCCACUGUCCCCCUGCUCUCUGUCUAUGUGGCAGGGGGUUCCAUCAUCUGUAACCACAGCAACCAAGUCAGCUGGGCCAACGACACCAAGGAGAUCAAAACAAUUUGUCAUGAAAAAGAGGGGAACAAAGAGGACCAUAACUACGCUGUCACAGUCGGGAUGCCAGGUCCCAUCGUCCACGUCAUCAUCAUCUUUGUUGGAUGCGCCUUGAUUGGUUGUUGAAAGCUAAAUAAAGACUCCAGGUAACAGUCAUGUAGGUGGUGAAGAGCAGGAAUCUCCAGGUCCAGCAUCACCCUCCAGCUACAGUAUGGUGGGACUACCCCAACUCCAGCCUAUGAACCAUUCCACUAUGAUGGGAGACCAGUCUCCACCUGAGGACUUUCCCAUGACCUCCAUGACCAUGCCUGAGAGUUUAAAUGCUACUGUAUGGUGGGGAAAAAUAGAAGCAAACAAUAAUCAGGAAUUUUAACAUCAUCUUAGACCAGGAUUCUAUCACAGCUUUUUGUCAGCUAUACACCUUUGAAGGCAAUGUUCCCGCGUUCACUGAGAAAACAUUCAAUUCAGUUCAGUCGGGAAAGUAUGUUUAAAUGUACAUAGCUGACAAACCAUGAUCAAAUUGAAUUUUGGCCUAAGACCGCGGAAUAUCCGUGCUGUAGCGUGAUUGAAAUUUAAAGGCAAUGUACCUGCUUGUGUGGGGACUGCAUCGGUAAACUCUGCAUAUGUCGGCUCAAUUGGAAAUUACCUUUACAUUUCUAUCAUGCUACAAUUCGGAUAUUCUUCCAAACAACAAUCAACUACAGAUGAAGGAUCUUAAUUUGACCACACUGUUGUUGCAGGAAAUGCAAACUUGUAGUGUAUUCAAGGUUUAAAAAUGCUUCUAAAGUUUGGAAUUUACACUUUAAAAUUUCAAACUUGAUUUGCCAAUACAAAAAAUCUAAAACCUCAACAAACAUUUUCAUUCAUUAUAUCCCCAUAAUCCUGAUGCUUCAGGAUAUUUUCCUGCUGUGAGAAACUGGUCAAAUUAAGAUCCUACAUCUGUAAGCACAGCUGUCUGAAAAUGUUAAAUAUAUUAUUUUUUUCCUUGUAACAUUUCUGAACCAUCAUGACAGUAGUAUGCUGUACAAGUACAGAAAAAUAAGUGAACAUUUCAAAUAAUUUAUCAUAGUGGGUAUUAAACAGAAACAAAUCAUUUAUCCUAGUGGGUACUAAACAGAAACACAUCAUUCAUCUUAAUGGGUAUUAAACAGAAACACAUCAUUCAUCUUAAUGGGUAUUAAACAGAAACACGUCAUUCAUCUUAAUGGAUAUUAAACAGAAACACAUCAUUCAUCUUAAUGGGUAUUAAACAGAAACAAAUCAUGUAUCAUAGUGGGUAUUAAACAGAAACACAUCAUUCAUCUUAAUGGGUAUUAAACAGAAACACAUCAUUCAUCUUAAUGGGUAUUAAACAGAAACAAAUCAUGUAUCAUAGUGGGUAUUAAACAGAAACACAUCAUUCAUCUUAAUGGGUAUUAAACAGAAACACAUCAUUCAUCUUAAUGGGUAUUAAACAGAAACACAUCAUUCAUCUUAAUGGGUAUUAAACAGAAACACGUCAUUCAUCUUAAUGGGUAUUAAACAGAAACACAUCAUUCAUCUUAAUGGGUAUUAAACAGAAACACAUCAUUCAUCUUAAUGGGUAUUAAACAGAAACAAAUCAUGUAUCAUAGUGGGUAUUAAACAGAAACACAUCAUUCAUCUUAAUGGGUAUUAAACAGAAACACAUCGUUCAUCUUAAUGGGUAUUAAACAGAAACAAAUAAUGUAUCAUAGUGGGUAUUAAACAGAAACACAUCAUUCAUCUUAAUGGGUAUUAAACAGAAACACAUCAUUCAUCUUAAUGGGUAUUAAACAGAAACACAUCAUUCAUCUUAAUGGGUAUUAAACAGAAACAAAUCAUGUAUCAUAGUGGGUAUUAAACAGAAACACAUCAUUCAUCUUAAUGGGUAUUAAACAGAAACACAUCGUUCAUCUUAAUGGGUAUUAAACAGAAACAAAUCAUGUAUCAUAGUGGGUAUUAAACAGAAACACAGCAUUCAUCUUAAUGGGUAUUAAACAGAAACACAUCAUUCAUCUUAAUGGGUAUUAAACAGAAACACAUCAUUCAUCUUAAUGGGUAUUAAACAGAAACACAUCGUUCAUCUUAAUGGGUAUUAAACAGAAACAAAUCAUUUAUCCUAGUGGGUACUAAACAGAAACAUAUCAUUCAUCUUAAUGGGUAUUAAACAGAAACACAUCGUUCAUCUUAAUGGGUAUUAAACAGAAACACAUCAUUCAUCUUAAUGGGUAUUAAACAGAAACAAAUAAUGUAUCAUAGUGGGUAUUAAACAGAAACACAUCAUUCAUCUUAAUGGGUAUUAAACAGAAACAAAUAAUUUAUCCUAGUGGGUACUAAACAGAAACACAUCGUUCAUCUUAAUGGGUAUUAAACAGAAACACAUCAUUCAUCUUAAUGGGUAUUAAAUAGAAACACAUCGUUCAUCUUAAUGGGUAUUAAACAGAAAAAAAUAAUGUAUCAUAGUGGGUACUAAACAGAAACAAAUGAACCAAAAACAUGUGAUACUGUACAGUCAGAUAUUCUUAUAUCAUGUUAUGCUGUGCAUUAUACUAUGCCAUGUAAUGCUAUAUUAUGGCAGGCCCUCAUAAUAUGCCUUGAAAUGCUAUGCUAUCUUACAUUAGGCUAAAGACAUGCUACAGUACUUUGGCGACUGGUAAGUGUUUUUUUCCUUUGGGCUGUAUGUUUCAAUGUGUAGUUCAUACAUGCAUAAUCUAUACGCAGAAUUAACGUUUUACCUCAAUAAGCAGCUGUUUUCUGGAAGCUGUGCGGCACCAUUUUCAACGUGCGCCAGCACCGUAGAAAUUCGCGUUUCAGCCGAUGAGCUUCAGCCCCUUGCCAUUUGAGUGACAGCUAACAAGACACACACACCCACACACAGCAGAGCGAGAGAGAGCAAUGAAGUGUUACACAUAUCUGCACAUUUGUGGCGUAGCACGCAAUUUUCAGGUCCCACUUUUGGCUUGUGAGCGUUACUUUCAGAACUACUUCCUAAAAAAUAUAACAAAUCAAAUAAAAAUAUAUAAGGUAUGUUAUUUAUAUAGCAACAAAUGAAAAGAAAAAGUAAAUAUUUUUGAAAACUUUUUAAAUUACCCAAUCUGGUUUACAUGUGCAGGCAACAUCCUUCUGUUUAUGUGUACUGUACAUUGUUACAUAAAAAGAAACAUCAUUAUUGUUACAUAAAAAGGAACAUCAUCUGCUGCUGUAUGGGGCGGCAGGGUAGCCUAGUGGUUUGAGCGUUGGAUUAGCAGUCGAACGGUUGAAAAUUCAAAUCCCGAGCUGACAAGGUACAAAUCUGUCGUUGAACAGGCAAUUAACCCACUGUUCCUAGGCCGUCAUUGAAAAUAAGAAUUUGUUCUUAACUGACUUGCCUAGUUAAAUAAAGAUAACAAAUAAAACAAAUAAUUGAAAAUAAUAUCGUCACUGUGGGAAGCCCUGUCAAUUGUAAAAAUACAAUAAACAUAAUUUUGUCACUG